UUAUGCACAGUAUUCAGCAGAAAUAGUAGCAUAUUAUUGGAUGCUAUAUAUAGUAUAGCAUAUCUAGUAUAGAUGCUAUUUGGAACACCCAUUUUUAUACCAAAGGUAAUUAAAUUAAGCCUACUAGUGAGGUUAGUUGAGACCAAUGUAGCAUACUAAAGUUUAUUGUGCAUACUGCAUACUACACAUACUAUUUUAAUUUGUAUAAUAAGACAGUUAACAGUGCAUAGUAUACAAAUUAUAUCGCCUACUGCAAAAAUAGUAUGUGUAGUAUGCUAUUAGGACCAUAGACAUUUUUACACAAUGAUUACAUUAUCAAAGAAACUAGUGAGGUAAUGUGUGAUCAAUGAAGCGUACUAAUGUUUGCAACGUUUAUUAUUGCAUACUGCAUGUUUCACGCACUAUUUUCUAAACGGUAUACUUUAUACAGUAAUCAACAUGUUUGCAACACAUCCUGAAACCGGCCGCUGUGUUUCCUGCACCUGCGCUACACCCAUUGUGACGUCACUUGGAGCGUUCCCUCGCAUCCGGCAGGUGCGUCUCACCUGAGUUCGACCGUUCUUCCGCUACACGCGCGACAGCAGCAGCAGCAGCAGCAGCAGAAGCAUCCUGAAGAUGAAGCAGCUGAAGUGUAUCGGCGGUUGUUUGCCGUUAUUCAUCAUGGCGAUCGUUUUCGACAUAACGGGCUUCGUCCUGCUGUUCGUCGGUAUCUUCGGCGACAUCCGGAUCCGCGGAGUGUUUUACGGGGAUUUUCUCAUUCACACCGGCGCGCUCAUGCUGUUCGUCAGUCUGGCGUUUUGGUUGAUGUGGUACAUCGGGAACAUCAAGGUGCAGGAAGAAGGUUUGAAGAGGAGAUCGAGCGCGGCGAACAGCGUCAAACAUCUGGCGAGAAAACUCACCGAGAGACUCUCCAAAACACACCUGAAGAACCAGAGCACAGGUGAGAAAUCGCCCAGUAAAGCUUCCACAAUUCGAAACAUAACGUGGGGCAAAUCCACGUAUUUCCCAGGGUGUAAAGAUCCCGAAUCGGACAUGAUCAAAUGUGAUACACUUUUCAAGGAAAACCCCAAUGAAGAUGAGGUCAUGGGACACCAGAAUCAAGCAUACGAAGACGAGGAGUCGUUGACCAAACUGCAGGAGAUGAAAGACGAUCAGACUCGGGGAACAGAAUCAGAAGUGAGCAAACCUGAUGAAGCAUCGCAGGAUGAUCCGUUCACCUGUUAUCAGAAUGAAGGGUGUGAGAAGUCCGAAUCGGAUGCAACUAAAGUACAAACUCCGAAACCUGAUGAGUCGUCGAGCAUCGAUGAUCUACUUCAGUAACAGAUUGCUGCCCAACCUGUCCGACAGCCAAUAGGAAAAGCUUGAUAGUGAAUGCAUGUGGUUUGAUGGUGGGCGCGUUCUUUUUGGUCCAUCUCGAAGAACCAAUGGAAAUGUAAUGCUGUACUUCUACCAUGCGGCGCUUUAGAAGAAGCAAAUCUGUGAAAAAGUGUAGUAGUAGUUAGCCCACAAAUGAAAAUGUCACUCACAACCCGUAUGACUUUCUUUCUUCCGUGGAAAACAAAAGUAUAUUCAUAGCUGAAUAUCCAAGCUGCUGUUUUCCAUACAAUGACUACAGCAAGGGAUUGAUGUCUUGUGCCUAGUCGACUCCUCUUGCCUUUUAAAGUAUACUCUUUUGAUCGCGAUCCCAUCCAUAUGGAUGCAUUCGACACAUCUACAAUGACUUAGCGAUACUCUUUAAUGGAGUCAAUGGCAGUCCACGCGUACUGUGGUAACGAAAUGUGCAUUGCACGCUGCUUGAGAGACGUAGAGGGACACGUAAAACCAAACUAUACUUUGGCCUUUAAGACUGCAUGGGGUAUACUUCUGUGAAACCUGUGCAAAUGCGUUCGUUGUAAGUGCCCCAUGACUGCUUUGUGAUACGUUUUAAGUACAGUCCACGGUAGUCGCAUGUGCAAUUACAUGCAAAGACAACAAGGCUGCACGCAGACGGCCCUCGAGUACUGUGCUGAUGCCGAAAUUGUCAUCAUACACCGUGUGCGAGACAUAGUGGGAUGCAUAAUAAUUGCUCCGCGCACAGUAUGCUUGAUGCAGAUUUUAUCAUCAUCACAGUCCACACACGGCCCUGAUUUUCCCGAAAAACAGACCUCAUCCUUUUUCGUCACCAAUGUAUGCACCUGCCAUAGACUCUCUUAAAGCCCAAAGUUUAGCUCGGUUGUCCGUGUUGCUAAUCGCUCCGCGCACAGUAUGCGUGACGCAAAUUUUGUCAUUAGCACAGUCCACACACGGCCCAGAUUUUCUCAAAACACAGACUUCAUCCUUUGGCAUCGUCGUUGUAUGCGCCUGCCAUUGACUGUCUUAAAGCCCAAAGUAUACUUCGGUUGUCCGCGUUGCAGAUUGCGCCGUGCACAGCAACGCAUCCUCUGUGCAUGCACCAGCCGUUGACUGUAUUGUCUUUCCCUUUUUCUCCCAAUUUGGAAUUGCCAAUUCCCAAUGUGCUUUUAAGUCCUUGUGGUGGCGUAGUGAUUCGCCUCAAUCCUGGUGGCAGAAGACCCCACCAGAAUCCCAACUGCCUCCGUGUCUGAGACCGUCAACCCGCGCAUCUUAUCACGUGGCUUGUUGAGCGCGUUACCAUGGAGACAUGGUGCAUGUGGAGGCUUCAUGCCACCUACCUCGGCAUCCAUGUGUAACUCGCCACAUGCCCCACCGAGAACUAACCAUAUUAUAGCGACCACGAGGAGGUUACCCCAUGUGACUCUACCCUCCCUAGCAACCGGGCCUAUUUGGUUGCUUAAGAGACUUGAAUGGAGUCACUCAGCAUGCCCUGGGAUUCGAACUAGCGAACUCCAGCGGGAGUCAGAGUGCACCGAACGCAUUCGUAUUCUCUCGCGGGCAAAAGAGUAUACUUUGAAAGGCAACGCGGUCGACCGGGUGCAAUCCGGAACGCAGGAGAGGUGUGCUGUUACUUUUAUAAGCAAUUCAACUUUAGAUUUUUGCAUGACGAAUAAAUGAAACGGGUGGAAAAACCCCAUAUGGGGUGUUCUCUUUUGACUUGGACCAGGAAGCAACCACCUAGAACACCCUAGCAACCGCGGAACAGUGUCUUGACAAACUCCCAAACCAUCCCAUUAUCGUGGCUGUGAGUUUUAAAUGGGCGAACGCCACCAACGUAAUCUCAUAACAACUCGUAAUAAUUCGUACGACAUGACGAAAUCAUACUGCAUUAUUUAUGCAAUACAAAUAACUGGUGUAUGUGUAAACAACCUGCUCGUCUCGUUUCCAACCCCUAUGUUUUCUUCUGUGCUACACAACAAAAUGAUUUUCCAAUCAUGAGGUUUAGGGGUCGGAGUUAAACGGAAGAAAACAUUUUAAUAACAUUGUCUGUUGGUUUGUUUAUUAUUAACACAUCAUUGCAUUUCCUUUGGAAAAUGAACAUCUUAUUAAUGUUACCUCUGACAAAUCUUGUAUCAUAGUAUGCUGAUGUCCUGGUUAUUAUCCUGUUGCAUGAUUCUGAAAGUCAGCUAAACUUGUAGUGCGACAGGUGUGCCAUCUUCUGGCAGACACAUCUCUGCAACUGUCGUUUAAAACAUCUGAACCUUGUUGUUACUAGUUGAUGAUGUCAUUGUAAUGAAUCAGGUCGGUGAACAUGCUUGACCUCUUCCGUAGGCGUUUGCAAGCAGUUUAUCUUGUUUUGGUGGUUGCAUACCAGCUCUGUCGCCACAUUAGAAAUGCACUGCGUAAGAAUGUAGGUGAGCUGCUUCUUACAAGACUUUAUUGAAAGAGUUCCUGUCAUUUGUCCUUCAGCCCGUUAGCCUUCAGCACGACAGGUCUCUCUCUCCUUAAUACACCGAGAUGGACUGCAAAGAAAGAUUUGGCCGCUGUUUCAUCUUUCUCUUCUUGGCUAUCCUGUUCGAUGUAGCCGGACUAGUCAUCUUCCUCGUGGGAAUUUUGGCACCGCUCAGUUUCUGGGACUUGUUCGUCCUCUCUGGACCGAUCAUCAUCUUCUUUAGCUUGUUGUUUUGGAUCUUCUGGUACCUGGGGAACCUCACUGUGACUUCACGAGAGCUUCUGCCCAAGUGAGCACUAACGUGGUGAAGGAAAAAGAUGGACUGGAGAUGUUUUGGGAGUCAAGUUGAAGGGGUUGCAAGAAGGUGACGUGUUGAAGGGGCUGCUGAGGUGACGUGUCACUCUAAGGCCACGGGAGUGGACCGAUGGAUUGUCUUUGUGUCAACUUGGAUCUUGGAAAAUGUCUUCAACUUAAAUGGAGAUUUCUACCAGAAGAUGCUACUGAAUCAAGGAUGGGACUCACUCUGGGUUUGGACAGUUUGGGGGUUUACAUUUAUCCAAAGCGACUUACAGUGCACUUGUCCGAGGGACAAUCCCCUCGGAGCAACCUGGAGUUAAGUGCUUUACUCAAGGACACAAUGGUGGUGGCUGUGGGGAUUGAACCGGCAACCUUGCCAGCUGUAUGCUGCUUUGUCCCACUACGCCACCACCACCACCACCACCACUCUCAGCUGGUUUCCGCUGGCUUCUAAAAUCUUGUCAAUACUACAUUGUGGGAAUUUGACAGAUUGCCACUGCCAAACCUGACUCCUUUCGGGAGAUCCUUUCAUGCACCUCAAUGAAGACCUCCAGCAAACUUGUAGAGCUUGACAAAUGGACACUUGCACUUUUAUUGAAAGCUAUUUGAUUUAAUGAUUGAUUUCCUUUGAACAUCAAAUAUCUUGCCUUUGCCAACAGCUUAUGCCAUUGUCUCUGUAUUUAUAGGCCUACAUAUAAACCAUAGUUGUUGUUGUUACCAUUAUAACGAUUAAGACCGUGCAUGUGUACACAAUGUAAAGGGUUGAUCUGAAACGAUUGGGCAUUGUCUAUAUGAGUAAAUGUUUUACUGUAUGAUUAUACAGCAUUAGUGAAGUGAUAACCAAAGAAGUCUUUUAAAGUCUUGUUAUUGUCAGAUGACUUUCUGCAAACCGGACGAACAGGAAAUUCAACUUCACAUGCCAUAUAUGCUUCUUGUGAGAUCCACCCUGUGUGUGUGUGUGUGUGUGUGUGUGUGUGUGUGUGUGUGUGUGUGUGUGUGUGUGUGUGUGUGUGUGUGUGUGUGUGUGUGUGUGUGUGUGUGUGUGUUCUAGGAUAUGUCCACGCCGUCUGACGAGAGUAUGUUCUGGAUAUUUGUUUAAAAAAAGAGUGGCUGUAAGUUUAGGUUUAAAUGACGUGACACGCUUAAAAACAUUUAAAAUGCAAUUCAUGCUGAUGGAAGACUUCAUUACUGCUCUUUUGCAAUUAAUUUUGUUUUUUUCAUAUCUGAAUUGUAAUUAAUUUGUAUUUAUUUUCUAAACAUUUGUUGGUCGAGUAAUAAAACUUGAUUAAUAUUUUAAGAGCUUUUAAUAAAUGUGUGUCAUAACCAACCUGUAGGAAUCAGUUGUGUUGUCGUGCCACAAGAAAAACAUAAAACAGGAAAUGACAUCACUGACCCUCAUGACGAGGUCGGUUCAAUUGUAUUAUUAUUAGUAUUAUUAUUACAUUUUUGAAUGGCAUAGUAAGAUUAGUUCAGGUCAAAUAAUAUAAACACCAACAUUUAUAAUAUUUAAAUUAAUUAUGAAGUUAAAACUACUUUUACCUUAAAUAUGCUCAAAUGUAACUUAAAAUGUGAAUACAUGUGGAAAAAGACGUUUUUUACUUUCACCGCAUUAAAUUUUUGGUCAUUCUAUCAAAUGACUUUAAUAAAAAUGUAUAAAAAAAAUAUUUUAAAAAACUAUUAAAUAAUUAAAAUCAGAAGCUGAGUUAUCAGGCAACGCUCUCUCAAAGUUAUGAACGAACGUUCUCAUAAUAACGUUCUUUCAACGUUUUCAAAACGUUAGCAUCAAAACGUUAUUCAUUUAUCGUUAGUGGAACGUUAAUAAAACUUUACCACAUUGUGAAAACAUUUCACAAUUUUCAAACGUUUCCAGAACGUUACUAUAACCAAGAAAAAACGUUCUUACAACAUUUCGUUCUUUUACCUUUUUGCUCAAGUUGUAUUCACAUUUUGAAAAGAGACGUCCUUGCAGUACGUUAAUAGAAUGUUCUUUCAACGUUUUCUGUCACUCUCAAAGCGUUAGCAUGUGAACGUUAUUCAUACAUCGUUAGUGGAACGUUUUUAGAACAUUACCACAUUGUGCAAAAUGUCAAAAUGUUCACGUUCCUAUAACCAAGAAACACUGUUCAUAAGCAUUUCAAACUGACAUUCCAAGAACUUUCAAAUAACAUUUUCACAACCUAAUGGGAACGUUAGGAAAACGUUUGUAGAUCGUAAAAUUGCUAUAUUUUUCAUUGUCUUUCAGAGUGAGUCCAUGAUGAGUCAAAAUAACAUUUAUGUAUUUUUCUGCCCUUCAUUACUUGCCAUCACUUUCUCCCUCCUGGUUGAGCUCACCUGCCCUCUCUUCGUGAUUCAGUGCGGUCCCAGAAUGCCGAUUGGUCAGUAUAGUAACCGGUGUGAUGUGAAACACCUGUUCUUCAAGCUGCUGACUACAUGCACAAUAGAGCACAGAUAAUACCAGAACCUCAAAUCACACCAUUCACAUCAAUGUAAUCUAGACUAAAUGAAUGUAACCUCAAGACGGCUGUUUACACUGAUAAUUAUUCUACGAUAUUGAAUCUCAAUAAAGCCUCUCGGAUCAGGUGCACAUCAGAAAUCAGAACGAGGAUUUGGGAUAGUUUAGUACAAGCUAAAGCUCAGUGUUGUAAUGCAGUAGAUAACCACAAUCUCCCAGUUGGGUUGUCACAAGAGUUUCCUGUGUGGAUUCUGCAAGAGCUUUCCAAUGUAAUUAUCUGUAAAGCUUUCUGGGGCUCAACAUAUUGAUUUCUGCACACCUUAUUUUAAAAACACAUGUGCCUUCUGGUGGGGACUGGUAGAUAUAGAAAAUCACACAAUGUGUGUGCGCGUUUGUGUGAGAGAGAGAGAGAAAGUGUGUUUGUGUGAGAGAGAGAGAGAGAGAAAGUGUGUGUGUGUGUGUGUGUGUGAGUGCGAGAGCGAGAGAGAGUGUGUGUGAGAGAGAGAGAGCGAGAGAGUGAGUGUGUGUGUGAGAGAGAGUGAGUGUGUGUGUAUGUGUUUGAGAGAGAGAGAGAGAGAGAGUGAGUGUGUGUGAGAGAGAGGGAGAGAGUGAGUGUGUGUGUGUGUGUGUGUGUGUGUG